AUGGAUGGGUCCGUCAAGUCUUUUCUAUUUACUGAUGCUAAACGGCACUUGACCACCAAAAGACAAUUGAAAUAUCAGGGAAUAGCUAAGAUUAAUUUAGACCAGAUUUCCUUCUAUCCAUCUAUCAAUACUAAAUUUGACCAAAACAAUGUUGAUCGGAUCUCUGAAAUAUUCCAUAAGGAUGCAUGUCGACGACUGGACAUCCGAAACCAUGUAACUACUAUCGUCUCUAGGCAGCAUUUAAAAAGGACCCUUCGGGCCGCAAGAGCCACAAGCGGGGAGCUGAUGACUAACAAUCCUACGCAAUACCCGCAUCUUCAUUUCCGCGUUAGCCAGGUUCGAUAUCUCCACGGUCAACACAGACUUAAGGCGGGAGAAGAGACACUGCCGCCCACAGAACAGUGCCCGACCUUGCGAAAUGCUCUCGUAGACGAGUACGCGAACGAGAAACAACCAAGCAAUGGUGAAAUAUACCGGAAGAUCCACAAUGUUGACCUCUGUGCGGCGUUUGAUGGAUUACUCGCGAUACCAGGACUAUGGAACGGGAUGAGCCUUGGCUCUUUGAAUAAGGUGCUAGCAUUAAAGUGUGAUGAAGAGAUUGUUCACUAUCUCAAGCAUAUAAAGAGAUUCUGGGCCACCCUUGUGGACCAUGACCCCGCAAAAAUGGCCAAGAUCGAUCUUCAUACGGUGGACAGUCUGCAGCGACACGCCCCAAACGCAUCCGAAGUGGAUAAGAAAGCCGUGAAAGACCUGAUUGUUAGCGGCGAGGUCCUCUCCAAGUUCACUAAGCCCAAACGUCUUUCCAUUUGGCAUAAGUUGAGAUCUUGCGAGGAGUGCGACUGUGUUAUCCCAUCCCUUCAUACAUUUUUCCGCGAUAUAUCCUAUCUUAAUGCAUGUGCGGACGUUGUAAAGCGGCUGGUUGUUCUCACCAAGCAGUGUCCCACAAUACAGAAAGCGUUGGGUCACAGCUUUCGACCCCAUAGCGCCAACGAGGAUUGCCAAAUACAAAUAUCAGAGACAACCUUUCGCAGACAGCCUGGCAACUUGGCACAACAGCUAGACACUGGCUAUCGCCAAAUUUGGAUGUACGCCAUGCGAUGGUAUCCGGAGAUGGCCAAAGAGGAACAGAGUCACACUGUCAAGGCUAAACCUACACGCACGAUGGCAGAUGAGAACGCUAUCUAUGACAUGGCCGCACUUGCUCGGCAACUAGGAUUCUGCUCCAAACAAAUCGAAGACAUCUUAAAACAAUCUCCGGAUCGGCAAAUCGCACGGGCAGCCCUACUAAGAGCUCGAAGAGCCGAUCGCUAUCAUUAUAAUAGAAGCUCAUUUGAGUCUCUUAUCGACCGUGUCGUGGAAGUUUUCUCUUAUGCGAUCCCUAAUGAGAACGAGUCAGUAAUAGAGCUCAUUGCUAGCAGAGCAGUGAGUCUGAAAGAUCGCUGUGGGCUUCCUCUGGUGCAAGCCUAG